AUGCGAUUCAAUAAACUCUUCGUGGCUCUGGCCAUGGUUCUACCAGCGGUAUUCUCUGCCAGCAUUCCAUCCUCACACCAAUUCUGCGAGCCAGGCACUCGAAAAUGCGACUACAACGACGUGGUGGUGUGCGAUGACCACGGCAGCGAAUACCUCGGGGUCCAACAUUGUGGCAAGACCGCAGUCUGUGCCAUUGACGUCAACGACCCCAAUGAUCCGGGUCAUUGUAUCGAGACCUGCGACAUCCCCGACGAAGAGCGCUGCCUCGGCAAUGAGUGGCGCAUUGAAUGCAGCAACGAGCACCGAUGGAAAGCCAUUGAAGCAUGCCCUAUACCUGGAGUAUGCAACGCACUCAUGAACAAGACUUCCUGCGCGACCGAAAAAAUGCCGCCAGUGCCUCUUCCUCCUGGCACUCCACCGCAACCUGAGCCUUGCAAAACAGUGGGCGAGACGCGAUGCUCAAACUGGUCCAAUGGUCUUUACCACAUCGAGACUUGUAACUAUGAUCAAUUCUGGCUUGCCUACCGCACUUGUGGGCCUGAAGAGUUCUGUAUGCACUGGGUGCCUGGCAAAUACAUUAGUCAAGGCCUUGCGAAGUGCGUCUUCGACCCUGAUAUCCUGUCCACUGGUCCUCCCCCCAAAGCUCUUGACUCUCGCUCAUGGAUCUCUCAAGGAACCCCAGAUGCUCACGAGUAUUGCGAUACUAGCACAUCUCGCUGCUCGGGGAACAAACGUCAGGAGUGUGUGGACAACGUCUGGAAAUCUACCAUGUGUCCUGGUCCCUCGGUAUGUGUGAAGCAUGACGAUGUCGUGCAAUGCUGGAUGAAGCCACCAACUCCCCCGACCGUACCAGAGCCAUGCAAACCAGGAGAUCGAAAUUGCGACUCUGACGCAUACGCCUUAAUUCUAUGCGGAGCUGAUGAGAUGUGGCAUACAGAGAAGAAGUGCUCCACCUACGAAGACUGCAUCACGGACGGCCUAGGUCAAGCGCACUGCGAGACAGGUAGUAUGGGUCGGCCGAAAAUGCAACGUCAAACCAACAGCACUGAGUGCGUCUACGGGGACUGGGCUUGCGACACCCACCAGCGCUUCAUGUACAAAUGCGCCAAAAACGGUACCUGGUCGGAGCCGUACCAGUGCAGCAGGGCUGGUGGCUGCCAACCCGAGGGACCUACCUCCGCUUUCCCCGAGGGAAGAAUGACCUGCGCGGGCUUUCCGAAGUAUCUGUACCCUUACCCUGACAAUAGGGUGUGUGAGACGGUCAAGAGCUGCGAGUACAUGCUGUAUCUUUACCCUACUGCUGGCUCACCCGAUGCCGAGACUAAGGAGAAGUACCGCAAGAGCAUGUGCGCGGAUGAGGCUUGCAAGGACUGCGAUCGCUGCACUUAUAAGCUUGGCUAUGGCGAGGUGCUACAACCGGAUCUGCGCACUCUGCUCCACGGUUCACCAGUGCCUGACAACUUUGACUGGUAG